AUGGCACCCACAUCCUCGUCCUCCAAGCUCAGAGCUAACAAAAAUAAGAAGAUAUACACCUCUCUACCUUCAUCUAUAAAACCCAGUGUCAGUGCUGCAGAAUUAGGUGUCCCGUCUCAACCAGGCCAGCCGUCGAGAAAGGGCAAAAAAGCUUGGAGAAAAAAUAUCGAUAUUACAGAUGUGGAACAAUCUCUCGAAGAUGCCCGGGCAGAGGAACGUCUCACAGGGGGUCCUGUGAGACAGAAGACCGAUGCCGAGUUGUUCGUUAUUGAUACCGUUGGUGAUGUCCAAGUCGCUCAAAAACUCCGCCGAGCAUCAAAACCAUUACGCUCCCUAGCUGUCUUAUCUGAGCGUUCCGCUGUUCCAUCUCUUACAUCUCGACCCUCGUCUCACUCUCACACCGGUAUCUCCAAAACCGAGAAAGCUCGCCUUCGUCGUUUACGCGACCGUCUCGGUCCCAACUCUUCCGGUCUUUCAGCUCCUGGGACCGCUCCCACCUCUAAUCUCGCAGACGUCUGGGACGCGGUACCUUCUGUCCCGUCUGUACCUGGAGGUUUUGGGGAAGAGGCGAUCGCCCCGCCGAAUAUCAAACCCCCUCGUACUAUCGAAAAACAUCGUCAAAUCUAUCUCGAAGCUGUCGAAGGAGAACGUCGGGUGGAAGUACCAGACGCAGGAAUAUCUUAUAAUCCCAAAGCUGAGUCUCAUCAGCGUCUACUCGAUCUGGCAGUACAGGAAGAACUAGACAAAUUGAAGCGAGAAGAAGAAGAAAAGAGAUUGAUAGAGGCCCGAGGGGGUGUUGUGGAAAGUCGACCCGUGCCUAUGAUAGGUGACGAUUAUGUCGAUGGAAUGUAUGUUGGUUCAGGAGAGAAAAACUAUGAGACAGAGGAAGAUGAAGAAGAUAAACCGGUGAAGAAGUUAUCAGGGAGGAAAACAAAAGCUCAGAGGAACAAAGCUGCUAGAGUUAAAGAAAUGGCAAGAUUGGCACAAUUGGAAAAGGUCAGAAAGAGGCUGGAGAAAGAUGUGGGAAGUGCGAAGUCCGUAGCCAAGCAGGUGGAGGUGAAAGCGAAGGCUGCCAGGGAGGCUGAGAGAUUAGCCAGGAUCGCGAGACAUGAGAAGGAGAGGUUGGGUUUGCAAGGUGGGGAGAAAGUGGGGAAACAUAAGGUAAAGAAAGGGGAUGUUGUGGUUCAGUUGGGAGAAGAUUUGGCUGAGACGCUGAGACAGGUCAAGCCAGAAGGGAACUUGUUCAAAGAUAGAUUUAUGGCACUUCAAAAGAAAGCAUUGGUCGAACCUCGUGUACCGCAAAUGCCAAAGAAGCGCAGGCGUAAGGUUAUCGAAUAUGAGAAACACGCCUAUAAGCGGUUUACAUAG